AUGGACGUCCGCAGUCUCGAACGCAACGGUUACAGUACGAUCCGGGCCGCGGUGGUGACACUCAGAACUGGUCGGGGACUCCAUUCUGGCGGUGUAUUCACCGUUAAGAUUCUGCCGGCGGCCGCUCGCUCCGGUCGGUGCUUCAUCUUCCGGUCAGCUGUUAUUCGUGCGUCCAUUUUUAACGCUGUGAAAGAUACUCCUCUGUGCACUACGCUUUCGCACGAUGGGCACAGUGUACAAACCGUGGAACACCUGCUCUCGGCUCUGGAGGCCUCUGGUGUUGACAACUGUCACAUAGAGAUUGGGGUGUCUGGCGAUUAUGAUGGGUCGGGUGAGGUUCCUAUCUUUGAUGGGUCAGCAAGAGAAUGGGUGGAGGCAGUCAAUCAAGCAGGACUGAAGGUGGCUGUAGACAGUGGUGGUAGAAGUUGUGAAAAACUAGCACCAUAUCUUAGUGAACCUGCACCUGAAAUUGGACGUCAGUGGUUCUCAUCGACCUUGUUGGAUGAAUCUUUCUACUCUGAAGCAAUAGCUCAAGCGAGGACCUUUUGCCUAUAUGAAGAGGUGGAACACAUGCGAAAUUUAGGACUCAUCAAAGGGGGUUCGACCGAGACCGCCAUCAUAUGUAGCAUGAAUAAGGGAUGGUUGAAUCCACCUCUACGUUAUGAGGAUGAGCCUUGCAGACACAAGGUUUUAGAUCUUAUUGGUGAUAUGUCCCUUUUGGCUCAGGAGGGUAAUCAAGGUCUUCUGGUGGCUCAUAUUGUUGUUUAUAAGGGUGGACACUCGCUGCACACGGAGUUUGUUCGUCAUCUAUCAGGAAAUGGUUAAGAGAAUGAGGUCUGAUACGCACAAGCUCAGAGCUUUGGACCUAAGCUUGGAGUUGAUGUGACAGUUAAAAUGGCUUGAAAAAGAUAGGUUGCUUUAUUGUUUCUGUGUUUAGACUAUGCCUACUCAUCAGCAGUUUUAUCACUUGUAAUAUGGUGGGAUUUUUAGACAUGAAUGAAGUAGUUUCUAGUUUCAUAUUGUUGUUAUCUCUUCAUAUUACCCUCCCUUUUUUCAUUGUAGUGUUAUUGUUUCUUCAUAUUGCCCCCUCGCUUUUUUAUGCCAAAAAUGUGUACAAGAUUCUUCAAUUUUCAAACUUCAUAGAUGAUCCAAAAUGAUAAUUAUGGGUCAUAUGUCACAAUCAUACGUUAUGGGUGAAUCUUUUGGCUUGCAAUGUGCAUGCACACAAGUGACAUUGAAACGAA